CAAGGCGCUGGCGCAGCGAUGGCGGAGGCCGUGGAGCGCACUGACGAGCUGGUCCGCGAGUACCUGCUCUUCCGCGGCUUCACGCACACACUGCGGCAGCUGGACUCCGAGAUCAAGGCGGACAAGGAGAAGGGGUUCCGGGUGGACAAGAUUGUGGACCAGCUGCAGCAGUUAAUGCAGGUGUAUGACUUGGCCGCCCUUCGGGAUUAUUGGAGCUACCUGGAGCGCCGGCUCUUCAGCCGCUUGGAGGAUAUAUAUAGGCCCACCAUCAAUAAACUGAAAACCAGCCUGUUCCGCUUUUAUCUUGUCUACACAAUUCAGACAAACAGAAAUGACAAGGCCCAGGAGUUCUUUGCAAAACAGGCCACCGAGCUCCAGAACCAGGCUGAGUGGAAAGAUUGGUUUGUACUGCCCUUCCUGCCAUCCCCAGACACCAACCCUACCUUUGCUACCUACUUUUCUCGACAGUGGGCCGACACCUUCAUCGUGUCCCUGCACAACUUCCUGAGUGUUCUGUUUCGGUGCAUGCCAGUUCCCAUGAUCCUGAACUUUGAUGCGGAGUGUCAGAGGACCAACCAGGUUCAAGAAGAAAAUGAAGUUCUGCGCCAGAAGCUUUUUGCAUUGCAAGCUGAAAUCCACCGACUGAAGAAAGAGGAGCAACAGCCAGAAGAGGAAGAGGCCUUGGUCCAACACAGAUUGCCUCCUUAUGUCUCCAGUAUGGACCGCCUGGGGGACUCAGAGCUAGCCAUGGUGUGCAGCCAGAGGAACACCUCCCUCUCCCAGUCACCUCGUGUGGGCUUCCUGUCCUCGCUGCUGCCUCAGAGUAAGAAGAGCCCCUCAAGGUUGUCGCCUGCCCAGAGUCCUGCUCCAGCUCAGAGCUCAGCCAAGAAAGAGUCCUUCAGUGGUCAGGCCACCAAAGGAAAGGACCCGACUUCCGGGGCCAAGGACGGGAAGAGCCUCCUCAGCGGGCUGGCCACUGGGGAGUCCAGUUGGUCGCAGCACCGGCAGCGGCGCCUGCAGGACCAUGGCAAGGAGAGGAAGGAGCUUUUCUCCACUACCGCCUCCCAGUGUGCAGAGAAGAAGCCGGAAGCUGGUGGCCCAGAGGCAGAGUCCUGCGCAGAGUUCCACAUGGAGCCAGUGGAGCCGCUGACACGGGCUUUCGCAGCAGGCCCCGAGGGCGGCGGGGCCAACCCCGAGCGGCCCUUUAUCGUGCUGGGGCAGGAGGAGUACGGAGAACACCAUUCGUCCAUCAUGCACUGCAGGGUGGAUUGCUCCGGGAGGAGGGUGGCCAGCCUAGAUGUAGAUGGGGUCAUCAAGGUAUGGUCCUUCAACCCCAUCAUGCAGACCAAAGCAUCAUCCAUCUCCAAGUCGCCGCUGCUCUCUUUAGAAUGGGCCACUAAGCGGGACAGACUGCUCCUGCUGGGCAGUGGUGUGGGGACGGUGCGUCUUUACGACACAGAAGUCAAGAAGAAUCUCUGUGGGAUCAACAUCGACGACGAGAUGCCCAGGAUCCUGUCUCUCGCCUGCAGCCCCAGCGGGGCCUCUUUCGUCUGUUCGGCUGCAGCUCCAAGCCUCACCUCCCACGUGGACUCCUCGGCACCAGACAUCGGCAGCAAGGGCAUGAACCAGGUUCCUGGCAAGCUGCUGCUGUGGGACACGAAAACCAUGAAGCAGCAGCUCCAGUUCUCCUUGGAUCCAGAGCCUGUUGCUAUCAACUGCACAGCCUUCAAUCACAACGGGAACCUGCUGGUCACAGGGGCGGCCGACGGUGUCAUCCGGCUGUUUGAUAUGCAGCAGCACCAGUGCGCCAUGAGCUGGAGGGCUCACCGCGGUGAGGUCUACUCUGUGGAGUUCAGCUACGAUGAGAACGCUGUGUACAGCAUUGGCGAGGAUGGCAAGUUCAUCCAAUGGAACAUCCACAAGAGUGGCCUGAAGGUGUCUGAGUACGGCCUCCCUGCGGACGCCACGGGCCCCUUUGUGCUGUCGGGUUACAGUGGCUACAAGCAGGUUCAAGUCCCCAGAGGCCGCCUCUUUGCUUUUGACUCGGAGGGCAAUUACAUGCUGACUUGUUCUGCCACCGGAGGUGUCAUAUACAAGCUGGGUGGUGAUGAGAGGGUUCUGGAGAGCUGCUUGAACCUGGGUGGCCACCGGGCCCCUGUGGUCACUGUGGACUGGAGCACCGCCAUGGACUGUGGGACCUGCCUCACCGCCUCCAUGGAUGGCAAGAUCAAGCUGACCACCCUCCUGGCCCACAAACUCUGAUGGAACUGCCCUGAGGGACACCCAUGCAGCAGUAUUAUCCUGGGGGCGGGGUGGGGGGGUAGAUAUAAGACAGGAAAGUGAGACACUCCACUUCCAGUCCCUGCCCAUGCAGCGAAUAUGCAGGGAAAGACUGUCCAGGGCCUGGACAAUGUCCAGCUGUGGUGACUGGGAUAGGAGCCGUACAGAAAAGGUGGCAUGUGCUUCCCAGAGACCACUAUGGUGGGCUGUGCCAGAAACACACUUCACCUGCGGGAGGAAAGCUCAGGAAGGAGGAGAGAGAUUGUGAUGGCUGCUGUGUUGGCCCAGGAGAGACUGACAGUAUUUUG